UACAAGACAAAACUCUCAAAAAAAAAAAAAAAUUGUGUUUUUCCCCCUUCCGCGGCAAUUCAAGAAUGAGGAGUUUGCCCAGAAAACUUCACUGAAAAUUUCAAUCUCCAGAAAAUCAUAUAGAGAAUAUACCGAUGAUGGCUGGAGGACAAUCUGAAAGAGAAGAUAAGGUCUCCUUGGAGCUCACUGAGGAAAUUCUUCAGAGCAUGGAAGUUGGCAUGGCUUUCAAAGACUACAAUGGUAGAAUCAGUUCAAUUGACUUUCACAAGACAUCGAAUUAUCUGGUUACUGCAAGUGAUGAUGAGUCCAUACGCCUGUACGAUGUUGCCAGUGCAACUUGCUUGAAGACAAUCAACAGCAAAAAGUACGGGGUAGAUCUUGUUUCCUUUACUUCUCACCCCACAACAGUCAUAUACUCUUCCAAAAACGGUUGGGAUGAAUCCUUGCGGCUUCUUUCUUUGCAUGACAACAAGUACUUGCGGUAUUUUAAAGGCCACCAUGACAGGGUUGUCUCCCUUAGUUUGUGCGCUCGCAAGGAGUGCUUCAUCUCCGGUUCUCUUGAUCGAACUGUUUUGCUUUGGGAUCAACGGGCCGAGAAGUGCCAGGGCCUUUUACGUGCACAAGGAAGGCCUGCUACUGCAUACGAUGACCAAGGGCUAGUGUUUGCAAUUGCCUUUGGUGGAUACAUUCGAAUGUUUGAUGCUCGCAAAUACGAAAAGGGUCCUUUUGAUAUCUUUUCUGUUGGAGGAGAUGUUUCCGAUGCAAAUGUUGUGAAGUUCAGCAAUGAUGGAAGACUUAUGCUUCUAACUACUAAAGAUGGUCAUAUUCAUGUGCUUGAUUCCUUUCGUGGCACACUUUUAUCGACGUACAAUGUAAAGCCAGUUUCAGAGAAUUCCACAUUGGAGGCUUCUUUCAGUCCUGAAGGAAUGUUUGUGAUCUCAGGUUCUGGUGAUGGCAGUGUCUAUGCUUGGAGUGUCCGCAGUGGGAAAGAGGUAGCGAGUUGGAUGAGUACUGAAAAUGAGCCUCCUGUCAUUAAAUGGGCUCCUGGAAGUGUUAUGUUUGUGACCGGGUCGUCCGAACUAUCAUUUUGGAUUCCAGAUUUGUCCAAACUCGGAGCUUAUGUUGGAAGAAAGUAGACAUUCUUUCAUGACCUCUCGCCAGAUUUCAAGCACAAAGCAAUCAAAAAGAGAACUUUACUGUCAAAUAGUGGUGCCAGUUGAGAUCACUGCCAAACUCUACUUGGUUUCCUUGCUUGGAUCUCUAAAGUUCAUCGCUCUUCGGAGACAUUUUUUGCGCCAGAUAAAAGCAGUUAUCUAUUGUACCAUAAAGUUACUUUUCUCACCAUGAAACAGUUUUGAAGAAUGAUCUAAGGCUUAUGAUGUAAAUUCCAAAGUGUUUUUUUUUUUUUUCUCAACAUGUUAUUGAUUUUGUCGCUAAUUUUCCCCAUAUCGUUAACACAGAGAUUACGAUGUGGUGUUAUAUAUAUGCUAUGUCUUUUAUGGAUUUUCAUAUAUUUUUAGGUAACAUUCACUAUCUUCUACUUGGUUGUAGAUUUCCAAAUGCUCACCAAAGGGUAUAAUAUUUAUUCCAACCUAGCUAAGAUACCAGGCCUUUUGGGGUGCCAUAGUUCAUGAAACUACAGCAAGCGCAAGAUUUGCGACAUAUUGUACGAAAGAAGUCGACUCCGGAAGACUUUAUGCCAACUACCCGAGGUUAGUACUGAAGAAAGUUCUUGCCUUCCGGCCUCUUCCUAUAUCUUUUUCUGUUAAAUUGAUUCUAGUUUGCAUGGAUAUAUAAACUUGAAUGUACAUGAAAAAAGGUAAUCGUCUGUACUCUUCCUUUCUAAAUUUGUAAUGUGGAAUAAGCCUAGUUUCUAUGUCCAAAAGCCUCCAUAAUUUCAUAUGGAAGCACCCGGUGACCCAAGGCUUAGAUGUAUGUAGACGAAAAAGAAACAUUUGAAACUGUUUGCAUGUUGAGAUAUGUCUUUGCACUUAUGGAAAUGAUGUGGUACUUGCGUGA